AUGUCCGAACUUGAGACAAGCGGCCGCCCAUCGGCUUUGACUAUCGAGCAACAGCAGCAGCCCAGAGACACAUCUGCUUCCGCAGCUCAUGUGCCCAAGAACAGACGCCGAAAGAGAUCGUCAACAAUAUCGAAUAGUCUCACUGCAGACACAAACACUACCUUCUCUCGACGCCAUUCCGAGACCACUAACGAAAUCACUACCCGACCUAACCCCGGCUCUUCCCUCUUUGCACAACGGUCGACUAUAAGCCCCCACAUCACGUCAGUCAUGUCUACAGUCAACUACACCAAGACAGGGCGAGUCAGCAAAGCUAAGAAGGGUGUCAAAGUACACGAUUGUGAAUGUGGACGUUCAUACACGCGGGCUGAGCAUUUGAGACGUCACCAGCGAAAUCAUGCCCAAGAGGGUGCCAUGUUCUGCAAGCAUCCCGACUGUGGCAAGACCUUCUACCGAACCGACCUGUUACAGCGGCAUGAAGAACGACACAGCGAAGUCGGCAAUGCGUCUCGCCAACCAUCUCUAUGCAGUAGCGAGCACUCCGUUUCUACAUCUCCUAGAUCUAUGCCCGCGGCCUUACCUACGGGGCCUCUCCAGCCGACCCUGACAUAUCACCCACAGCAGGUUCUGUCUUCUCAUCCAGAGGUCACCGCAUUUUCAAGCGAUCUAGAGCAUCAGAAUUUAGCCUUCUCGACUCGUCACUCAAUAUCAGGCCCUAUUCUAGCCGAUGAAGGCAUGAACACGAGAGGACACUGGCACGACUCGUUGGCACCAUCGCCUUACUCCUGCUCGAGUGGUUACACCUCUCCCGUUCCUGAGUAUAACCAUACGUAUGCAACACCACCAUACGGCUCGGGCAUGCUUCGGACACGCGCAUCUUCGAACGCCUCGUUCAUUGGACCAUGGGGGCACGACUCGCAGUCGCCAAUAUCGGACGUCUCAAACUUUCAGUAUUCUUGGCCACCAGAAAAGAACUUGAUAGCAUCCAGCCUGUCUUACGUUCCUGUUUCGUACCCCCCGGUCGGUAUGCCGCUGCCCGCAUCUUUGGGUCCAUUAGGACACUACGAACACUUCUGUGCCAACAACGUGGCUCAGAUAGACCACGAUGAGAGUAUAGAGCUGUUUCCCGAGGGACAAUACGGUAUGAGCCCAACCGCCCACAUUUAUCAAUUUGAGCAAUAUCUGAACAAUUACUGGAGGCUCUUUGAUCCCGCAUUCCCUAUCAUCCAUCGACCUACCUUCGCCAGCCUAGAAGCGCCACCCAUGCUCUAUGCCGCGAUGAUUGCUAUCGGCGCGCAACAUAGCAACAAUGUCUGCGAUAGACAAGUGGCUGCAAAGCUCCACAAAACCUGCGUCAAGCUGCUCGACAACAGAGAUCGAUCGAAUUCAACCCGAUACGAUAGACUUUGCGAUUACCAGACCAUUUUUCUGGUGGAAGUGUUCGCUCAGUAUUGCGCCCAGCGCUGUGCAAAGACACUCUCACCGCGAUUUAUGACGAUGUAUAAAAAGUUGCUAGAAAUACGAAGCCUUCACCCCUCCACCAUCCUCGGGCUUACUUCUCUUGUUCCUACGCCUGCAGAUAAAGUGCAGGACCGCUGGACACAAUGGGCAGAACUAUCUGCAAGGCAACAUCUGAUUCUGUCAUGCCACAUACUGGAAUACCAGCAAUUCAUGCUACUUGCACGCGAUUGUGGGUUGUCCUUGCAAAUUGGAGGCAAUGAUCUUCCCUUUCCGGCACACAGAUCUCUGUGGGAUGCAACAAGCCCUCACAUAUGGAUCAUCGCUACUAGGCAACAUUUGGACAGUCCCGCCACCGUCCUGGAAGCUUUAAGCAACCCAGUCUUUGGAAGAUACGACACCUUCCGGUCUGCAGUGCUUAUUGUCGCACGUUAUACGCCUUGCAGUGCAUCCACGUCUGGCACAGACUCAGACAUAGAGAGCAUCCUGGAUGACUCACCUCCGACUAUUUUCCGACUUCAGUCAGCAAAGCUCGCGCGACUAGUGCCGAUGCGUGCCCUGUUGGCUGUAUCGGGGGAAGCCUGGAUCCUGGGUCAAAAAGUCACAUCGGAACCCGAGUUCUCUGCGUUGAGGAUUACUCUUCAAGCGUGGGUAGAACAGCUUUGGUCAUGCGCUAUUGACAAAUACUCGCAACCGACUGCGGAAGCCCUGCGGCUCUCCAUAUGCAUCUUAAAGCAAUCUCUUGAAUCAAGAGAACCAUUCGCAUGGGGCAUAGGCAAUCAGAUGAGCUUGUUCCUGGCCGCUUUGGUGGUGUGGGCCACAACUGUCGCCGCGAGUUCGAGACUUGCAUCGAGCCUUUCAUCUCAGCAAUCGAAGUCGCUGCUAGCAUCGCACGUAAGCAUGGUCGCGAUGAUGCAGCCAACAGUAGUUUCAUAUGCGACCAACCAUCCAACAUAUCUGGAGCCUAUACACCAUUUCUCAGAGCCCAGCCAAGACAUCCAGAUCAUGUCCAACGUUCCAGAAGGGCGAGCUUUCCUAACAGACCCGGAGGUUCUGUGGAACACUUCGCGCUUCUUGACAUCUGCAGUUGAAGACAUCACCGCUCUCAACGACGCAUCCUGCCACUCUGGUUGUGCAAGCCUACUCCUUUGGGUGAAGAGUGUCCUUCGCGGCGCGCCUGUCAACAAUGUAGAGUCCACAGCCAUUGACGUAGGCACAAAUGAAGAUCUCCACGGAGAGCUCAGCCACGUUAUCGUUGACCAAAUCGAGAGAAUGCUUAAUCAUGGGUGGGAAGGCUGGGGCAUCUGA